AUGUCGGAAUCUGUGCACGCCUUGGGCAGCCCCCAGUCUCGGCAUGUCUCUAUGCGUGUCCCGACCUCUCCUAGUGCUAGGGCGAAGCGACAAAUUGCCACCCUCAUGGAGGAGGUAGAAGUGUUGAAGCAGGACAAGGCGACGAAGAAAAGAAAGAUGACUUUCUAUGUUUCCCAGGGACGGGCAAUCCGUCGUAUGGUUGACCUUUAUGCUCCAAUAGAGGACCUUAUUGCUGAAAAUGACCGGCGUUGUGAAGAAAGUGACAAGGAUGCCACUCCGGAGCAAGACCGACUUCAACGUGGCUACAUCGAACUCGCCAAGGCACUGUCGUGGCUUCACGAUAAACUGGCAGGUCUCGAUCACGAAGAGUCCGACGACAUGCUGAAAAAGCUUAAGCGAGGCGCGGACUCGGCUCGGGGCGACGACAUGGGGACUCUGAAAGAACUCGUGGCUUCGUGGGUGAACAUCGAAUGUUGUCCGACUCCUCUCAUCAGGACCGAUGACAAGCACCAUCGAGGAUUCGCUGGCAUUCGUGACCGUACGACAGCAUUCAUCGUUUCUGAGAAUUCAUGGCCGUCAUUUAUGUAUGAGAACUAUGAAGCUGACACCAAGAACCUGGAGCGCGGGCUUUUUAAGUCGAAGCUGUUAGUUAUGGCAAUCUUUACUUCUCCUUCCUCUGCUCAUGAAGUGGAUGGUGAAGGUGAUGGCGCCGACAUUAUCGAGAACAAUUGGCGCGCCCGAAACGAUCCGAUCAAGCUAAAGUAUGAGGAAAGUGACUCCUCGCGCAAUAGCAUAUGCAGCUUGCCAGAUUCGAUUUGCACUUUCGAACCUCACGUCCUGGCGCACAGUAGAUGGAGAUUUCGAUUACCAUAUUUUCUGGAACAAUGUAGUGGACUUCUUCGAGGAUGCCCCAGUCCAGCUGCGCGAGCCAGAGUGAACAAACUUCUUGAGUGGUGGACACGAAAAGUUUUUGGACGAAACCAUCGGCAGGACCUGACGGCGGACAUUGUAUCCCACAUGUCUGUCAGUACGCUAGCUACUCAGAGACAGCAGAUGGAGGACGCCGAAUUAGACUCUGACUAG